CAGAGUGAAGCGCGCGCGCGCACGCACACACACACACACACACACACACACACACACACACACACACACACACACACACACACUCACACACUCAUACAUACACAGCAAAAGGCAGUUGAUGGGGGAAGCUUUUUAUUUUUAUUUUUAAAGGGACAGAGCCGAAUUGCAGCGGAGCCACAAACGGAUUCUUUUUGUCGUCAUUCUGUAGCUGUCGGGAACUUUAAACGGAACCGGGAGGAUGUUUCGGAGUGCAGUGUGGGAAUAAAAACAUCUUAAUUCAGGAAGGAAUUAAAAAAGAAAGAAAAAAAGAAAAGGCUCUAGUCAAUUCUCUUCUCUCAGCUGCACUAGCGUUAGCUUUAGCAUUAGCGUUAGCAUUAGCGCGUUAGCAUUAGCACCCCCUCUUCAUCUUGGCCCUGGUUUUGAGACAUUUCUGUGGUUUCUAGUUUUUUUUAAAUCGACUGACAAAACCGGAGGCUUGUUUCGGGUCAUGUUAUGCAGAGCUACAUGUCUCUCAGCGACGGGAUAAUAACACGCUGCACAGAUGUUAUGCCAUCCGACAGAAGACGGACACCUGUUGUCCAUCUCUCAUAUCAAACACGUUUGUCACCGAAAUGACUGAUUUAAAGACGCAUCGAAACGCGGCACGCUGAAUCCCGUGCCUGCAUUAAACCUGCAUUCUAGCCAGUAAUCAUGCAACUCAUUCUAGAACUGACGUCUUGGCCAAGCGUGUGAUAGGAUUUUUCAGUAUAAACUGAUCAGCCUGAAAGAAAAUGAGAAUUCUCCACUUCUGGAAGGAGCAGUCUCGUGACCUGGAGUGUCAUCUUUUGCUCUGCUGAAUGUGCGUGCUGCACAGCGGCCUGCAGUGCGCUUGCACCGUAAUCAUGUGUUUUUUACUCUAAGGUGCUUUUUGUUUUGCAUAUGUAGCCCAUGAACUUCAUCACAACUCUCAUGGCUCUGAUUGGUCAGAGACCGACAUGGGAAUCCCCAUCUGCAUUUAGUAGCAGCGCGAUGAGGCUCAUCAGAGGCGUGGUCCCGCUGUGAGCCUGCCUCGCGUGCACUUAGCCUCGGACGCAUUUCGCCACAGCCAGUUUCUUUAGUGGAACGUUGUAGCGCUCUGUCCUCCCGUUUCCGAGAGACACGAUGACAAGUAGUGUUGGGACAGUGAAGAACGUGUGAUCUCUCCAGCGGAGUCAAGCGCUAACCCAGAAAAAUGAAUGGAGGAAAGGAGAGUGAGAGAGGGGAGGGGGAGCGGCAGCCUAUGCCUACCCAGGUGCCCAUUGGCUGGCAGCGAAAGUUGGAGUCCACUGGGGUCAUCUAUAUCAGUCCCAGUGGAUCAGUGCUGUCCAGCCUUGAACAGGUGAAAUCCUACCUACUCACAGAUGGCACCUGUAAGUGUGGCCUGGAGUGUCCACUCAUCCUCCCCAAGGUGUUUAAUUUCGAUCCUGGGGCCAGUGUCAAACAGAGGACUGCAGAGGAUGUGAAGGCCGAUGAGGAUGUCACAAAGCUUUGCAUCCACAAGAGAAAGCUCAUAGCUGUAGCCACUCUGCAUAAAAGUAUGGAGUUACCGCACCCUUCCCUAACACUGACUGGUCCCAGUGGAGGCCCAAGUGCUGUGACGUCCAUGGCCCCUACCAUCCAGCGGUCUGCAACCCCUCGAGCAAUAAGGAAUAAGCCCCACGAUGGGCUGCCCAACUCAACACUACCUGACUGUAAAAACCCUUUCAAGAUUAUGAUGGCAGCAGGUCAGCGACACUACAAUGCAGACAUGAGCAGUGCUCAGCAGCCAGAGCAUUAUUCUGGAUACCCUCGACAAAGAUUGGGCAGUAAUGAGCCAGGGCCAAAGUCCCCCUACCGCAGUGGACCUGGAGGCAUGCUGAGCCCUUCAUCAGGUUUGCAGGUGUAUGGGGAUGGCUCUUUGUCCCCUAGAAUAGACUCUUUGGGUAGUCCGGAUGGAUUUGCGCGAAGCAAUCCAUGUGGCUUUCAGGCGGCUGGCAGUCCCAGCCCAAUUCAUGGCAACAACAGGACACCCAUGUCCCCUCCUGGUGUUCUGAUCCAUGUUUCACCUGCUACUCAAUUGUCCUGUGCCAUGGCUGGAAGGACUAACACACCUCUUUCUCCCCCAGUCCCUAACAAAAGCCCUAUUAUGAAAAAGCCACACUGUAAUGUCAGCUACCCACCUAACAUGGACAUGACCAGAGCAGUAUUUCACCAUAAGGCCCAGUCUGCACCACACCCUGUUCCACCCUCUAAUAUGCCCCCCACAUGUGCGGUUCAGAAAAAACAGAUGACUUCUGAGAAGGACCCUCUGGGAAUUUUAGACCCCAUUCCUAGCAAACCUAUAAUUCAAAGUAACAUGACAAAUCCAAGUCCAUCCAACUUCCAGCCCAACGCCCACACUCAGGUACCAAUGAUGAAUGUAAACAUCCCUCCUGCCAUUGUCCCGUUGCCAAGCAAUCUUCCAUUGCCAACGGUGAAGCCUGGGCCAGUUGGUCAUGGUGGACACAUGCAGAGGACUCAGCAUGGAACAGUCACCUCCAUCUCCCCCUCACCAGUAACGUCUCCUGUGCACAUGUCUGGGCCUGCACUGGGCCGCAUGGAAGCAUCUCCACAGCGAUCCCGUUCCUCUUCCACCUCAUCAGAGCAUGGGAGCUUUGUCAUGCCCUCAGGGCCUCAGAUCCCAUGUGGCAGCAUUAAAGUUCCACCACGCUCACCCAGAUCCUCCAUGAGUUCACCUAGACCCACCAUGCCCUCCAGCCCCUCUUCCAAGCCUGACGCACUCCAUCAGUACAAAGACCCAAACCAAGUUCUUUCGGGACUUAAUAAUGCGAUCAGCAGUCAGCACAACUCCAUGUUUCCCCCAGCCUCAGGCAGUAGUGCCCCCCAGAAGAACCACCCUGGACUACUGGGCAUGCCCCUCAACCAGAUUCUAAACCAACACAACUCUGCCUCUUUCCCUGCCAGUAGUCUACUCUCAGCAGCAGCCAAAGCACAGCUAGCAAAUCAAAACAAACUUGGUGGUAGCAGUGGUGGAAUAGGUGGCAGUGGUGCUGGUAUGAGUGUUGGCACAGGAAUGGGUGCAGGAGCUAGUGGCAUGGGGAAUGGAAGCGCUGGUCUCCCCAGUAGUAAUAAUGGAAACGGUGGCAGUGUGAUGCCUUGCCCUCUUGGUGGUGGAAAUAGUGGUAGCAGGGGUGUUGAAGGGCCCAACACUUUAAAUCCUAUGUUGCCACCCAGCUCGACCAUUUUAAUGCCCAUGCCUGAGGGCCAGAGUGGACGUGCAGCUCUACGGGACAAGCUAAUGGCUCAGCAGCGUGACCCUCUUCGCAAGCGCAAGCAACAUCCUAAUUCCAGCAGCCAUGACAAUAUGAGCUUUGGAAUGAUGAAACCGGACAUGAGUGGUCCCAGGACGACUUGCCCUCCUCCGGAGCAAAUGAGGAAAGUGUCCCGACUCGGAGGUCUACCUCCUAACACCUCCAUGGCGCAGUUACUCCAGUCGAUGAGCAACCAGAGCUCCCACAUGGCCAGGAGUAGUCGGCCGUUACCUGUAGUUGGCCCUGGUCAGAUGCACUUUGGAGAGGGCGCUAUGCCCCCUGGCAUGACGCAACAGAGCAUGCAGUUACAACAAAGGCUUCACAGUCAACCAGACCCAAUUCUUUGUUCGAGUAGGGAGCCUGGUGCACAAGGGACUCAGACUCCGUUCCCUGGGAUGAUGAACCAGAUGCAAGCCACGGCUAUGGGGAACUGUGGACCUUUGGGCCAGAGUGGACAGGUUCCUCUAGGACAUCCUUCUAUGGGACACCCAAGCACUCACCCACAGCAACUGUCUCAUGUACAUCAACAGCAACAAGGCAUUCCUCAUGGACACAUCCGUCCGAAUAUUUCCUGUAUGGUACCCAACAGCAAUGAUGCUAGUUGUGCCCAAGCCAUGUCUGACACCGGUAAUGCGUCGUCGCUGAACUGCAGUAUAGGUAAUCCUCAGAUUGGCAGCAUGAUGAGUAACGCAGGACACAUGUACCAGCAGCACCAACUGCAUCCAGCACUCCAGAGCAUGAAUAGAGUCUCCCCCUUCCAGACCCAGGGGCAUGCUUAUUCUGAAACACCAUUUCCUGAGAAUAAUGCUUCCAACAGCAUGGGCUGUCUGUACCAGGACUACCAGGGAUGCUUGCCAGAUGGCACCCCGAUCUCCCAUACGCAGAUGAGCUCACAGCCUGGUGUGACAUCACUUCCUGCUGAGCCAGGAAUGUUCCAGGAAGGUCAGCAAGAGCUCCGGGGGCAGAACGGGGUCACAUUGACUGCAAGUGCUGGAGCACAGGGGUCAGAGCAAUUGGCAGGUGCUGGGACAGAGGUGGUGGAUGCCCUGUACAGGACAGCAGUGGACACAGCUAGUAAAGGCAUGCAAGUGGGUAUCACCACGACAACGGCGGGCAGCAGUGGGAAACAGGCCAGCCCUGUGCCUGCUCUCAGAGCCAUGACCGCCUUCACUGCCUCCAUCGGAGAGCCACAUGGCUUGCCGCAUGCAGUCAAUGCCAUCAUCCAUGGGCCACGCGGGCACGAAGCCACAGACGUGCUGGUGCAGCCCUGUGCUAGGCCUCCUCUCCCUCCUCGAAACGAUCGUGCACGCAGGAGCUCCGAGCAGGGCAAGUGCACGCCUGACAGCACGGACACACACGACUACUUCCGCUCGCCCGGGCAGCAGUGGGAAGAGCCUGGUCACGCUCACUGGAGAGGGGACGAGUUUCUGGAAUGUUCGGCACAGGUGCGGAGCAGCCCGUGCAGUGACGGAGAGAGAGCAGUGAGUGGCACCGAUACAAACCCACAGUGCCACGAGUCGUCUGAGCCAGCGGGUGACGGAAAUCCUGGAAACUUCCGGUACAACCAGCUUCCCCUCCACGUUAAUUUCAAAGAGCGGCUGGAGCAGACGGUGGAGCGUUGCGCUCACAUAAACGGCGGUCCGCCUCUGUGUGUGAGAGGCAGCUAUAACGAACAGCUUACAGGUGACGACCAGUCCCCCAGCUCCUCCACCAGCUUGGAAGGACCGCUGCUGAAGGACUACGGCCACUUUAACGGGCACUUUAAUGGGCACUGUGCACCCAGCCCCUCAGACACCAAGAGCCUAAGCAGUGAGGAGGAACUGCGCCACCCAGAUUCGCCAUCUGCCGACCUUCUGCACUACCGGCCAAGAGGCUUCAACGAACUUGUCUGGCCUAUUAAAGGUUUCCCUUCUUGGCCUAACAAACUAGUAGGGGAGGAGCAUGGCCACAAUCCCAGCAUGCAACUGUCUGACCAGGCUAAGGUGGAGCCUGAGAAGCUGAAAACACUAACCCAGGACCUGGAGGCACUGAACAGAGCUGCCAAGAGGAACAGAAUAGCUGGGAAAUUAAAUAAUCAUUUAGAAGCUGCUAUCCAGGAAGCCAUGAGUGAGCUGGACAAGAUGUCAGGCACUGUCCAUCCAAUGUCCUCAAGAGAGCGGGAGCGGCAGAUGAAACUGCCCAAACCCAAAAGGAGGAAGAUCUCCAGAUAACAGAGAGAGAAGCGACCAGAAUAGAAUCCAGCCUCACAGAAUCCAAACACACUCAUGUGUUCUCUCUCUCUCUCUCUCUCUCUCUCUCUCUCUCUCUCUUUCAGUCUCUCUGUUAAACUCAGAUCUGGUGCUAUAUCCUAGCAGAUGGCUCAUGGAGGCCCCGCCCUCACAAAGUGGCUGACAGGUGCUGGAUAAAGCCAAUCAGAAAUGGUGGCGAUUUGACUACAAACUCACUGAAGAACUAUUUUUUUCUAGAAUACAAAGAAAAUAUGGGAAAAAAAAAGAAGAAAAAAAAGUUACUGCAUUUAAGAGAAUAGACAGUCCAAAUAUUUCUGAUACAUUUUCAAUGUGUAUAUAGACAAUACAGAAAUUUCAUGGUGAAAUCUUGGGAAAGAAAUGUAAAUAUUGUACGAUAACGCCAUGUACAAGCAGACGACGCAUACUUUAUCUUCAGUUGUACAAAAAAAAUGAAAUCAAAGCAGAAAACGUCUACCGACGUGCUGGUUUCUAUUCAGUUCUCGGCCCAUAGGGCCACGUGUGAAUAGGACGAAAUAGAGUCAGUCGGACGAUUUUAUGUGUUUCUUUUGGAGUGUGUGUGUGUACGUGUGUGUGUGUGUGUGUGUGUGUAUAACUGGCAGAAAUGGAGAUAACCUUAAACAAUGUCAUACACUCAUAAGAGUGUAACAGAGUGGCUGUUCACUGCUCUUUGUGUGUGUUUGUGUGUGUGUGUGUGUGUGUGUGUAGACGAGUGGACUUCACCAGGUGAAGAGGACCUGCUCGGUUGCAGGACCGACUAAACUUUUUGGACCUCUGUAACUUGAUCUUGUACCGCUGAACACUACUAGAACAAGCUUCUGAUCCUGGCCAUAUUUAUCGUUUAUUUCUCUUGUGAGAUUGGAAAUAUUCGUACCGCAGGCUAUCGAUCCAAAAAAAACAAGCGUAUUAAUGAACCGCCGAACCUCCAGGUCGAAUAGAAUUAUCACAUGACGUAUUCGAAUGUGACCGUCAUCGAGGUCUUGGGGUAAUUUUACAGUUUUGGGGCCUUAUUUUUAUUUGAUUUUAUUUGUUUUGUUUUUAUAUAUAAAUUAUUUCUGUACAGUAUUCUGUAUUUAUUUUAGCUGUUCUUGGCAAUAAUGCAACCCUGAGCGAACGCUCUGUAAAGCCUUACAUGUGUAUGUAUAAAGCUUCUAUCUAUAAUGUGUCACUCUUACUCGAGAGUUACAGCCUUCGUAUUCAGUAUUAUCUCUAACAGAUUCACGGAUCUAUUUUUUCACCCCUUGCAGUGUCAUAGCUUGUUGUAUAUCGGUGUUACAGUACUGUUACUCUUUUUCCGUUGCAGCAGUGUGUAGGACGGCGUGACGAAUCUCGCCGAACUCCGGUUGCGAGCUGUCAAUUGUUCAGAUUUCACUUCUUCGAAAAGGUGGUCACGUUUUUUUUUUAUUAUUAUUAUUAUUAUUAUUAUUGCUGUAGUACACAGUGUUAUUUUUUAUCUGUGUAAUAUUAUAUCUGACCACCGGAGGUCAGACAGGAAGAGAUUACAGAGUAGAAGGAUGGAAGCGCUGGUACAAGUUUCACGCUUGUAACAUGGCACGUCAAUGGAGAUUCGUUAGAAAAACAGAAAGACACGGCUGACCUCAAACCAGUGCUCGUUCUCAGACUGUGAAAGAGAAAAUGUACAGAGAGGUGGAACACUACGGUCUUAUUCAAAACACUAAAGAGGACAUGAGCAUGAUCGGAUUCCUCAGUAACCGCUCUAAAUACUGAUCUGAAAACCAUCCGAAUCCCGACAGCGAGGACGGGAGAACAGAAUUGUCCGUGCUCUCGCCGUCAAUCUCUCCGCUGUCGAUAAGAAAGAAACGAUGCCCACCGAUCGGGAGCGUCUGUGAGAUCACGUACGAGGAAAAGGUGGCACGUUCUUCCUGUAGUAAGAAGUAAAGCCUCCUGAUUAUAGCCAUGAAAAUAGAGUAUAAUGAUUAAAAUCCCACACCAACAUCCAACCUGUCAGUACAAUGAGGCACCGUGUGUGUGUGUGUGUGUGUGUGUGUGUGUGUGUGUGUGUGUGUGUGUGUGUGUGUGUGUGUUGGGGUUGUGGCUUUAGAAAAAGCUGACUACCUUUUAAGAUGUAAAAGUAUACCUCGUGUCGGAGGUUAAAAAAAAGGAUUCGUGAAAAAACGUUUCUACAACUUCGAUAUCUAACCUCGUCAUCCUUCUCCUACACGAGAUACCCGACAGAUCAGAUGCCGACGUGUACAAAUACCUUUUAGUAUUUCGUAAGCGUGUAUGUGAGGGAGUGCGUUUCACAUCCAGGAAAUUCCAUUCCCACCAUUUAGUAUCUGCCGUUAUUGUUUUUAUCUUUAUCUUUAUAGGAAAGACACUACUAAGAGUUCUGAGUGCAAUAUAACAGAAUAUGGAUCUGAUCUGAAAGCAGCCAUUGUUGUUGUUUCGUCUGAGUGAAUGUCCUGAACACUUUCCUUAACUUUCUCCUCAACGUCUGUUCGGUCACAAAGUGUCCCCCAGUUUAAUCAUCACGUAGGUGAUUAACUUGUGUUUAUUUUCCCCUCCUCGUGCUGAAGUCUGCACUGUUUGUGUCCCGAGGUCCUGGUGAAGUCCACUCCGAGCACAGAACACAGCUCUGUCCUUUUCACUCAGUGUCUCAAGGUUUUGUGUUCAGAUUCUCAGUGUUGUCCAUAGCUUUCUGCUUUUUAUUGUCUUAUGUUCAUUCACUUUUCCUGUCCUGAGUUUUCUUUUCUUUCUUUAAUUCAUCUCUUUGCUUGCUCUGUAUCUGACCAGUAUGACCAAUCGUCGCUUGUCAGCGUCGGAGGGUUUCUUUCUCUCCCCCCCCCCACCCCCCGAGCCGACGUGUACCCGAGUAUAUAUUUUCUCUAUGAUAUAUACUUUACAGACGUUGACUUUGCAAAGUAUGUUGUGCACUUGAUUUUAUUUGUUUCAGCUAGCUAUGAUGCUGAGGUUAGGGAUAGUUUGUUGAAGUCUAUUAUUUCUUAUUGCUCUUUUUUUUUCUUUCAUUUAUUUUGUGUUUCUUUUUUCUUUUUUUUUUUAGAUUUUUAUUGGUUGUCCUGAACAGCAGUUUUGUAAAUAUUGUGAACAUUACAGGUCAUACUGUGAUGUAACAUUGAAAUAAUGUUGCACCGAUGUUUCAAUUAAAAACUGAUCACUCAUA